GCUGCAUUAGGUUUUGCUCAUUUUAAUAUUAUUGCUAGAUCCACGUGGACAUUCUUCACAAAUGUUCCCGAAUAGUCAGGUCUGCUGAAAUCCAUGAUUCAUACGCUUUUUUGAAACAUCAAGAGACACAGCUGAGGCAGCACACGAACAGAGAGACGAACGAGUGAAAGCAGGAGGAGCUCCACAUCACUGGAGAUCAACGACAGACCGAAAGUGAAACUAACUUGAUCAACAACAACAGCGUGAACACCAGGGACCAUCAAACCCUUUAAACAACAGAAUACUGAGUGUAGACACGUCUGAUACUCACAGCCUGCAAUGUCGUCCUCCUUUAGUUCCCUGUGUGAGGAUCUUCAGUGCUCCAUAUGUCUGGAGGUGUUCACGGAUCCAGUCUCGACUCCGUGUGGACACAACUUCUGCAAGACCUGUUUGAACAAGUUCUGGGACAGCAGCCAGACCUGCAGCUGUCCGUACUGUAAAGAAACCUUCAAACAAAGACCCGAUCUCAAGACUAACACCACGCUCAGAGAGCUCAUAGGUCACUGUAAGAAGAAAAGUCCUGAGGUGCUGUGUGACAUCUGUGAGGAGAGAAAGCUGAAAGCCCUGAAGUCGUGUCUGGUGUGUCAGAGCUCUUACUGUGAAACUCACCUGGAGCCUCAUUUGAGAGUCACAGGUUUGAAGAAACACAGGCUGAUGGAUCCCGUGAGGAACCUGGAGGACUAUGUGUGUCAGAAACACGAGAGACCUCUGGAUCUGUUCUGUAGAGAUGAUCAGACGAGUGUGUGUUCGAUCUGCAUCGUGAAAGACCACAAGAACCACAACACUGUUCCUAUAGAAGAGGAGAGUGAAGAGAAGAAGACUGAUCUGAUGAAGACACAGAAAGACAUGCAGCAGAUGAUCCAGAACAGAAUCAAGAAGAUCGAAGACAUCAAGCACUCAGCCGAAGACAGAAAGAGAAACACAGAAAAGGAGAAAGCAGCCCGUGCCGAGCUCUUCGCUGAUCUCAUCCGCUCCAUUGAGAGAUGCCACACUGAGCUGCUGGAGAUGAUGGAGGAGCAGCAGGAAGCAGCGGAGAAACGGGAGCGAGAGCUGAUCGAAGAGCUGGAGCAGGAGAUCGCCGAGCUAAAGAGGAGAAACACCGAGCUGGAGCAGCUCUCGCACACUAAAGAUCACCUCCACCUCCUACAGAUUCACUCAUCCCUGAGCAGAAACCCCUGGAACCCCAGGAACCGGCCUGAGACCAGCGUGAAGACUCAAGAGACUCUGGAGACUCUGAGGAGAGCUCUGACUCAACUGAGGGACACUAUAGAUGACAAACUCACGCUAACCGAGCUGAGGUGGAUGCAGCAGUAUGCAGUGGACGUGACUCUGGAUCCUGAUGCAGCUCGUCCUCAUCUCGUUCUGUCUGAUGAUGGAAAACAACUGUCUGGUCUGAGUGGUCCUCGUCGUUCGGGUCAAGCUCAGUGCUGGAAGAUGACUGCGAGUGCGUCCCUCACUGAAGACGUCCAGCUGAAGAAAGCAGAGAAGGUCUGGAGAGCGCCAGUGCUGCGCCGCGUCAAUGAACACGACUCUGAGAGCCUGGAGACGCAGGAGCUGUUCAGACGCAUGGAGAGCAUUUUGAACAAACUGAUGCCGCAGACGUUCCAGCCGCUGAUGAAGCAGGUGUGCAGACUGAGCAUCAAAACAGAGGAGCGUCUGAAAGGAGUGAUCGAUCUCAUCUUUGAGAAGGCCAUGUCUGAGCCCCUACGCUCCGUCGUCUUCGCUAACAUGUGCCGCUGCAUGAUGGGGCUGAAGGUCCCCUCCACAGAUGAACCUGGAGAGAUGCUGAAUUUCAGGAAGCUGCUGCUAAAUCGUUGUCAGCGUGAGUUUGAGAAUAGCACAGAUGAUAAAAGGUUUGAGAAGAAGCAGAAGGAGCUGGAUGCUGCCACCGGGGAAGAGGAGAAGCAGAGGUUGAAGGAGGAGCUUGAAGACGCCAAAGACCGAGCCCAGCGACGGUCGCUAGGUAAUAUUAAGUUCAUCGGAGAGCUGUUCAAGCUGAAGAUGCUGACGGAGAGCAUCAUGCACGACUGCAUCGUCAAGCUGCUGACGAAGAGGGAUGAGGAGAGUCUGGAGUGUUUCUGCUGCCUGAUGUCCACCGUCGGGAAAGAUCUGGACUUUGAGAAGGCCAAGCCCCGAAUGGAUCAAUAUUUUAACCUGAUAGAGACAGUUAUUAAGGAGCCGGAAACCUCUUCCAGAAUCCGCUUCAAACUGCAGGAUUUGCUUUAUUUACGACGGAUAAACUGGCAAAAUAUGUGAUUAUUUACUCAUUUCUUAAUUUAUUUCUUAAGUUAAUUGGGGCACAAUAUUCCAAAUGAAAUGUUUGGUUCCUUAAUCUUUCAUUUAAAAAUAAAUGAACUCUUUGACCUUA